AUGGAGAUAGACCAACAUUUUAUCAAAGAGAAACUUGAUGAGGGUAUUAUUUCUACACCUUAUAUGGCAUCUCAUGAGCAGUUGGCAGAUGUACUAACGAAAGGAUUGAGUGACAUAGCAUUUCAACAUCUCAUAUUCAAGUUGGGACUGGAUGACAUCCAUUCACCAACUUGA